AUGUCAAAUUUAUUUAAACAAUUUCCAGAAAAUAAUUUACAAUUUUUAAUUCAAUCCGGUGCUAAAGGUUCAUCUGUAAAUGCAAUGCAAAUGUCUUGUUUACUUGGUCAACAAGAAUUAGAAGGUAAACGUCCACCAAUGAUCCCAAAUGGUCGAACUUUACCAGCAUUUCGUCCAUAUGAAUAUUCACUACGAUCAGGUGGUUUUGUUGAUGGAAGUUUUUUAAGUGAAGGUUUAGUUGUUAAUUAUGAUUUAAUAGUACGUUAUAGUGAUGGAAGUGUUAUACAAUUUCAAUAUGGUGAAGAUGUUUUAGCUGUUAAGAAAAUGUACUUAUUUAAAAGAACAAUAUUAUAUCCAUUUCUUAUUGCUAAUCAAUCAACAACAUUAGCUUUUCAUUUUGGUGGUCGUGGUGAAAUGAAUGUAACAUUAGGUGUUCCACGUCUUCGUCAAUUACUUAUGGUUGCUUCUCAAAAGGUAAAAACACCAACAAUGGAACUACCUAUUUUACAUAGUUCAUUAGCAUUACGCGUAAAGCAAAACGUUUACAACGUCGUUGCCAAAGAAAAAGCAAAUAGAAAUGAUGAAAAAGAAUAUGAUGAUGAUGACGAUAAUAAUAAUAAUAAUGAAGAAAAUGAAACUGAUGUUGAAGAAGCAAUACAAGAUAAUCAAGAUCAAAAUGAUCAAACAAAUACAUCGAAAAUCACUAUUAAAGAAGAUGUCAUUGAUGAUGAUGAUGAUGAUGAUGUUGAUGUUGAUGUACCAGGUAAUCUUAUUGAAAAUAAAUCAGAGAAAUAA